UUUCAUCUUUGAUAACAACCGCUGGUACCUCUCAUCUCCGUCGUCACGAUUUACCGUGCUCGCGCCGUCUACGUCACGCCUGCCUUGUGGACAGGCGCGCGUGUCCAGUGCAGACAAGUUACAGCGGGGCUAUAAAUAGUUUGUACCCGGUAUCGGUGGGCUGGGGAACAAGUGACGCCAUCGAUGCUUUUUAUGUGAGGGAGUAAAUUGACCUUUUCCACAAAGCUGCGCUCUGUUUGUGUGUCUCUGGGUUUUGUUCACUUUUACAUUUGCAAAAAUUUGUUUUUAUUUAUUAUUCUUGGUUCUGUGUGCAAUCACGCAGAUCCAGAAACACAAAGAGGAAUUUGUGUGCUUCAGUGAGGGAAACACAAAUACUGCACCAUAGAAUGGAUCAGGGUCCAGAUAGAAGAUGGCUCCAGUGCGCACCGGCCGAAUCAAGGUCUGGGGGAGGGAGAAGAGUGGAUGACUCAUACUGUAUCUGCUGGACACCCUGUAGACGCAGUAUUAGAUAUAAUGAUGCUUCCAUUAGAAAAAAGGGAAAUUGUAUGGCAACUUUUUGAGGGAAAAAUACCCAAAAUAGCAAGUUUUUAAUAGAUUUUCUCCAUGGAUGUAUGCCACACUAAAGUAAAAAGUAAUAUUUAAUAAAAAUAAUUCUAAAUAUUCCCAUUUAUCAGCCAUAUUCUCACUUGUGUAUCAAUAUUAUCCCUGCCACUAUAUGUUGACGCCCUCUUUCCCACCAUUGUUGUGAGCAUAGACUCGUUUACACACAUACACGCUCCCCCCAGUCAUGACUGAGUGACGGCAGGUUGCUAUGGAAACUGCGUUACGCUCCGGGCAGCGGAGGGAGAAAACAAGAGCGCGAGGACUCGUUUCACUCCUCAUUUCAGCACCGCGCUCCUGGACAGCGCCCGAAUGAACGCCGCGGCGACGCGCAGCCGAAUGAGCCUGACCAGAGUUGGCGGAGAGACCCGACGAGCGAAACGCGCAUCUUCCCCGCCACGCAGCAGCUUCGGCCCGGCGGAUCCUCGAGGUUUUUAUUCCGCUUUUACGCGCAGGAGCCACACGCUCCCUUAAAUGCCACAGCAACAGGACAGCAGCAUGUCUGAAAGGAAACCCAGCCAGCGGUUUCACAGCCUGAACGCUGAGCAGGUGGAGGUCCUUCAUCAGGUUCUGUCGGAGGUGGUUCCAAUCCACGGCCGCGGGAACUUUCCCACGCUGGAGCUGCGUCCUCGUGACAUCAUCAUCGCCGUGCGGGCCAGGCUGCAGAGGCAGGGCAUCACGGUCCGUGAUGUCCGUCUGAACGGUUCCACUGCCAGCCACGUGCUCGUUAGAGACAACGGAACCAGCUACAAAGACCUGGACAUCAUCUUUGGAGUAGAGCUGCCCAGUCAGGAGGAGUUCCAGGUGAUCAAAGAGUCAGUGCUGGGCUGUUUGCUGGACUGUCUGCCAGCUGCUGUCAACAGGGAGCGGAUCAGCAGUGCCACCAUGAAGGAGGCCUACGUCCAGAAAAUGGUCAAAGUCUUCAACGAGCACGACCGCUGGAGCCUCAUCUCCCUGUCCAACAACUCCGGCAAAAACCUGGAGCUCAAGUUUGUGAGCGCUUUGAGGCGGCAGUUUGAGUUCAGCGUGGACUCCUUCCAGAUCAUUCUGGACCGCCUCCUGGAGUCCUACAUGCAGCAGGACCUGCAGCACAAAAUGAAUGCCUUCAGCCUCAAGGACCAGCCGGAAGAGAGUAGAAAGAAGGAGCCUUCCUCUGUGCUCGGGCAGGCCGCCUCUCCAGAGUCAGAGAGGUCCACGGGUAGAGACUGUGAAAAACAGCCUCCAGUCAGCAGGUCGCAGAAGAAAGAUGACGUGCAUGAAAAGGAGUCUCAGACAGAAUUCCCUCAGGCUGAACAUUCCAACCAGACCAAACACUCAGAUGAGAAAACCUCUGCAGAACCAGAGGAAGUCAUUAAGGAAAACAUGUUGCCAGAAAACAAACCAAGUUCUGGAGAAUCCAAGCAAAUGGCUCCAGAGGAACUCAAACACAGGGUAGAGCUCGUCGACGAGACUCAAUCAUCAGGAAAUUCAGAGCAAACAACUCCCAAAGAAGGCCCAAAACCACCGGACGAAAAUCAGGAGAACUUCUCCGCCGAAAGCAAAGUGUCAAGCCCCACAAAACCAUCUAGCGAACAGAAAGAAGUAGCAGGGCAGAUGGGAUGUGCUGAUACGCCCAGCAGCUCAAAAAACGAGAGUCCGAGAUGUGCGGAGGAGCCUAAUACCGCCGACAAAUCUGAUAAAACAAAGUGUUUCAGAGAGGAUCAGAAAAGUAAUGAGGCAGAUAAAACCCAACACGUGUCUUCUCCAGACGCUAACACCGAGAUAGAGACUCGCCUCGCAGAUGAAAGCCGAACGGAAGCAGACGAGGAAACGGAGAGGAAAACUCCUGAGGAGACGUCGACAUCGGAGGAAAGACAGUCAGAAGACACGCAAAGCAUCGACUCCUCGCUUCCACUUGGCAUCACGCAGCCUGCUGACACAGAGGACACGCUGGAGAUCAGCAACAUAGAAAACUCAGAGAAAAGCGGCGACACACUCGACGCCGUCGCCCCUUCAGAUACUCAGGACGUUUCACCUCCACCACCUGGCCUUGUUUCUGACAAAAAAACCUCAUCUUCUCCCUCGGGUAAGGUCUCAGACAGACUGUCGCACAUGGUGGUGCUCAAACACUCAUCGCCCAAACCUCCUCGUAGGAUGUGUCGAAAGGCUCCACCCAACCCCAACCCCGUUCCUGACAGUGACAUACUUGAUUUGCCCUUCCCAAAUUCAAACCCCACAUCCGAGUUGAUGAGUUUAGACCCUCCAGCUACCCAGUCAGAUGUCAUCUCUCCGGAGACUGAUUCAGACAUGACUCCUAAUCCUUCCGAUAAGCUAUUAUCCAAUUCUGACCUUUCCUCAACCGCUGGUCCGGAUUCUGAAAUAGUUUCCAUCUCAACUCUGGAUCCCAUGUCUUUGUUACCUCAAGAGGCGCCCUCUUCUUCUCAGAUAAUCACAGGAGGUGGAGAUCUAAAAGAGACACUCGACACAGCCGCUGAUGAGUUGAGCCCUUCUUUCCCUCCAGAAAUUGUCUCUGAUCUUCAACAGCCGGAGCUUCUUAGCUCAUCGAUUUGCCGCGUCGACUCGUUGAGCCCCAACAGUGAUGAAGCUGAGGCUCUGGCAGAGCAGACCAAAAACACAGACCUAAAUCACGCCGGUCCGCAAGACAUCACAUCUACUUUACCUCUUUCUUCCAUUUGUCUCCCCCCUCCUGUGGUCAGCCUCACCCCCUCGCCCCCCAGCCUCAGCCCUCCCCCGUGUCUGACGCCUCCGUCACCGAUGCUCAGCACCGUCAGCCCUGCCACCAGCUUCAGCUCCCCGCCUCUAAGUUUCAGCCCGGUGUCGUCCUGCCUCAGCUCACCUCCUUACCUCACCCCUCCCAUGCUUAGCCUUAGCCCCCCUCCACUCUGUCUCACACCCCCGUCCCCCUGCCUCAGCCCUCCCCUCCUCUGCCUCACUCCUCCCGUGGAGUCUGAGGAGCUCGCACCUCAGCUGCCCUCAGACAUGGAGCCGUUGAUCCUAAACGCUGAGGGAGCCGAGCAGGUCCUGCAGCCCCCUCCACCGUUAGGAGUCCCUCUCCUGGAAGAAAAAACUGACAUUAUUCCAGCAGAACCUCAAUCAUCUGAGCCCGUCUCGUUUCCAAUCACCAUCCCAAGCUCCUCCUCACGUGUGCUGCCUCAUUCUCCAUCAGCAGGCCCGGAGGACCCCGCCCCUCCCAAAGCCAUUCAAGCGUCCACCUCUGUCCCAGAGACAAGAGAGACUCCUGAGAUAACCACCGAUGUGUCCGAGCGGACCAAAGCGUUGCAAAUGUCUGACUCGGCCCCAGAUGUUGAGGUCCUGGCAGAGAGCAUGUACGGUGACUUCGAAGCUGCCAUGGACCACCUACGCUAUCGCCUGAUCGCCACCAGGAACCCAGAGGAAAUCCGAGGCGGCGGUUUGUUGAAGUACAGCAACCUGCUGGUGAGAGACUACAGACCGGCCAGUGAGACUCAGAUAAAGACGCUGGAGCGCUACAUGUGCUCACGCUUUUUCAUCGACUUCCCCGACGUACAGGAGCAGCAGAGGAAGAUCCUGUCCUACUUGAAGAACCACUUCAUCGGCGAGGAGAGAAGCAAGUACCAGUACCUGAUGACGCUGCGUCGCGUGAUAGACGACAGCACCGUGUGCCUGAUGGGCCACGAGAGGCGUCAGACUCUGAACAUGAUCACUGUGCUGGCACUGAAGGUCCUCGGAGAGCAGAAUAUCAUACCCAACACAGACCACGUCACCUGCUUCUACCAGCCCGCCCCCUACCUUGCCGAGCACAGCUCUCCUUAUCUAGCAGAACCCAGCUACUGCAGUUACUACAUACCGCAAGGGGGGUCGACUCUGCUCUACCAGCCAUACCCCUUACACCUGCACCCACAGACUGGGCUGGUCUGAGACCUCCGUGGACUUAUUUGCACACAAGACACACAACUGAGCAUUGGUCUUACCACAUGGGAAUAGCUGGAGAACAUAAUGCAGGGAUUACCUGCUUGGUCUAUAAUAGACCUGUGGGGGUGGGCUUGAGUGGGUUUUUACCGAAAACUCCCUAAGUACUCUAUAAGGUUCUAACACGUGUAAUUAUCCGGGCUUUCUGGGGAAACUAAUAAGUCUAACAAUGAUUCUUCCGAUAAUGUUUGAGUUGCAGAAAAUGCUUUAUGCACUGCAUGAGUCGUAGGGCCUUUGGUCUCCCUUGGAAACCAACCGCGCUGUUGACAUUUACACACUUGCACAGAUACAGACACACAAACACACUUCCAGGUUCUUAAACUCUUGUACACUUUUAUUUUUUUUUCCAUGUUCUUACUGUGUCGUUCUUAAUGGGAUCGUUCAGAAUGUGGACUUUUGCCUGUGGUUGAUAUCGUGCAUGGAUACAUUAGGACUGUUUUCUCACUGCCAAAUACUGUGUGAAUACUAUGCUUCUCAAACGGUUCCUUGUGACUUUGUAAUUCCUCCGCAGAAAAAAAAGGGGCAUAAUUCUGGAAAAAUCUACCGAGGGGACAAGUCUACUCGUGUGACGCUGUAUUCUCAUCAAAACAACACGCACAACACAUUCGACAUGCACGCAACCAAACAUAUAAUACUGUGUGCACAUGACGUGAGACAAUGCAUGAGUAGCUAAAUAGAUCACAUUUAAAAAGCUUUUCAAUGAUUAGAAAUUGAUCUAUUUUUGCAAGAAUUUCCCAGAUUCUACUGACUGGUUAGUUCCUUAAAAGAAAAAAAGAAGCCAACGAUAAAUGCCUUUGGUGUAGACUGUAUAGCAUAUUGUUUACAGUAUACUGUGUGCAAAUACAAUGUAUUGUUUUUCAGGUAAAUUGUGUUGAAAUGUAGUGCUUGGUUCCUUUUCUCGCGUGGAGUCCAUUCUGUAAUCAUGUGAAGUAUCGUAUCAUCCGGUGUUGAUUUGAUGCAGAACUCUGUGAAGGUGGUCAGAUUAUUUAUGCAUCUUUGGGUCAUCUCUGAACACGGCCGAUGCAGAACUUGCUCCAAAAAAAAAAAAAAAUGGACACGACUCACCUCUGAUUCGAACCGAGACGGGAAAACGAGUUCAGAUUUAACGCCAACGACAGCAAACUUUGACCAAAGAUGAUGGUUCAGUUGGGAAAUCAAGUGCCUCAAUGUGAGACAUCGUUGGCAUGUCUUUUUUCUCUGCACUGUGGGUGUUGAAUGGGGUGGGCGGGUGGGCUGGGUUUAUGUUCAGCUGUUUGACCCCUGUUACUGCUGCCCGUUUUGAUGUCCUCUUUAAUGUAGUCUUUUGUUGUUAUUUAUUCAUGUACAUUUUGAUAAAAUAAAAGAGAAAACCACA